UAUUCAUUCACUUGCUGGUUGAGACAGAGAGCGUAUCAAGGACUAGAGCAGAGGACGCAGCGAGCAAGGAAUAAAUAUCGAAAGGAAAUAAAUCUACAAGGCGAUCUGCGAUCGAUAUUCGCGUGGAUAUCGCGAUCGAUUUGCGCGCGAGAGAAAAAAAUAUCGAAGGCGAGAGAAGAGAGGUUAUAUAACAGGAAGACAACGUCAGUGGCUGCAGCUCACUCACUGGCUACUAGUGUGAGUCAUUGAUAAAUGCACAGACAUCCUAAGCACAGUUGCAUGAAUGGAGUGGAAGUAGAGCGAGUCUGAGCUUGACGUUCGAACCGAAACCUGAACUUUUAAACCAAUAGCGUUAUAUGAACAAUUCCUGACUUUUCACUAUAUAAGAAGAGACUUUCAUAACGUUUCUCACGAGAGAAUCUCAAUGCUUCAAACCUGAGACAUCUACGGCCUCUUGCAGUGCGUCUUCUCCGCAGUUUUAGCUCGUACGGUACGGUAACCGCUAUUUUACUAAUGCUCGAUAAGUUCAAACCCGUGCAGUUCGAUUCGGUCAUGGCUAUAAGCAAGACGGUAGAGUGGCUUAAGGAGCAACUAGAGACGCGCAAGGACUGUUUGCUGGUUAUGGACUGCCGAACGCAAGAGCUGUAUGAGUCGUCGCACGUCGAAAUGGCCAUUAACGUGGCUAUCCCGAGCCUCAUGCUCCGGCGAUUGAAGAAGGGCAAUCUGCCCAUAAAGUCUCUGCUUUCUAACGGGGAAGACCGCGAGAGAUUCGCGCGGAGGUGCAAGACGGAUACGAUCGUGUUGUACGACGAGUACAGCCGAGAGUGGAAUGAAAAUAUAGACGGCGGCUCUGUGUUGGGUUUGCUGCUGAGGAGAAUGAAGGACGAGGGCUACAAGGCGUUCUAUCUUGAGGGUGGUUUCAGCAAAUUUCAAGCUGAAUAUCCAAUGCUGUGCGAGACGAACCUCGACGGUUCUUCCAGCAGCAGUUCACCGACCUCCCAGGUCCUCGGACUCGGAGGUCUCCGGAUCAGCUCCGACUCCUCGGACAUCGAGUCGGAUAUCGAUCGAGACCCGAGCAGCGCCACCGACUCGGACGGCAGCCCCCUGUCCAAUCCCCAGCCCUGCUUCCCCGUGGAAAUCCUGCCGCAUCUGUAUCUGGGCUGCGCGAAGGACUCCACGAACCUGGAUAUUCUGGAAGAGUUUGGCAUCAAGUACAUCUUGAACGUGACUCCUAAUCUGCCCAACAUGUUCGAGAACGCUGGAGAGUUUAAGUACAAGCAGAUUCCCAUCUCGGAUCACUGGAGCCAGAAUCUUUCCCAGUUUUUUCCAGAAGCCAUCAGCUUCAUUGAUGAAGCCCGUGGACAAAAAUGUGGCGUGCUUGUUCACUGCCUGGCAGGUAUCAGCCGCUCCGUCACAGUGACGGUGGCCUACCUCAUGCAGAAGCUCAACUUGUCCAUGAACGAUGCUUACGACAUUGUUAAGAUGAAGAAAUCCAACAUCUCCCCUAACUUUAACUUCAUGGGCCAGCUAUUGGACUUUGAGCGUACUUUGGGCCUCAAGAGUCCUUGUGACAACCGCAUGGCAGCUCCAUCCCAGCCAUUGUACUUCACCACACCGACCAACCACAAUGUCUUUCAGCUGGACCCACUUGAGUCCACGUGAGGUCUUGCCACGGUGACCCCCUUUUGGCUCUAAAAGUGUUUGAAUCUAGAAACAUGGUUUCUCUUUUUUGACACCUGUCAAAGGGUUCCUCAUGUUAUUGAUAGAGUUGGCUUGAGAAGACAGCCGACCAGAGUAGCCACUGAUGGGGCAUGUGGUGUGCCCAGAGCUUAUAAGCUGCUGUUUAAUGGAGAAAGAGAGCAGACAUUAUCUGUGACUCUGUAUCUCCAGGACUCUAUAAAGUAGUUCUUGUUUUAUAUAUAUAUUUAAAUAUAUAUACAUACUGAAGCAUGGAAAGACUGUCAGCUAUGAAAAGAACUUGUGUGGAAUGUCCGAUAUACUAUGACUGGGGCUGGUGUGCCAAAGAGACUUUACUGGAACUGAACAAUUACAAAUACUCUUAUUUGAUUUGUUUAGCACUUGCACCUUCAAAAAUUUUUAGGUGUGCUCUAACUUGUCUUCAAUGAAGACUUGCCUGUUUUGGGACAAUAUUCCCUCGGUAAUGAUGGCAGAGUGUACUGUACUCCAACUUAUUUGCGUGGAGAAAUUUUUGAAACAUUUAUACAUGUGUAUAUUAAAGAUGUUGGUAAGCCUUGCCGUAGUUAUAAAUAUAUAUAUAUCUGUUUCAAAGGAACAGCUGUAGAUUUUCUUCUUCUUUUUGUCCUCCUUAUGUAAGCGAACUGAAUAUUGGUCCAUAUUAUCUUUAUCAAUGAGUUAAAUGCCAAAAACGUUAACAGGUUUUGCGAGAUUAUUAAUGUAUAUAUGUAUAAUAUAUUUCCUUUUUUGCUUUUAUGGAUAAAUUCAGCCUUGUAAUCACCAACACAAAUCAAAGUCAUUGUUAUCUCUUGCCUUAGUUCUGUACAUUAAGUGUUAUUGUGCAUUCACCUUCAAGAGCAGUUCCCCAUAAGCUUCUCAACAGCUCUCAAUACUCUUGCAGACUGGACUAUACGAACUUGCACGGUUAAGAGGGGUUGUCCAAACUUGUGUGUGUAUAUAUACAAGGCAUUCCUCGAAUGCUACUUGGCGGGGUUUCAAGAUGCAUGCUCAUGUAGGAACCAUAUGCCUUUAUCCUUUUUUUUCUGGGGACAUUGAAAGGUGAAAGCAAGUAAUGCUGAUUUUAUUUUAUUUUUUUUUUUUUUUGUGCAAGGAUUUGAGGCCUGGGAGAAAUUUUUCAUCUCUCCUCUUCAGGGAAGUUCUGUGAAAUGCAAUUUUUUGUGAGAGAAGUGACUGAAAUGGUUUUCAGGGGGUUUUGUUGUCCCUGUUUGGGGGGAGGGGCUAUUUUACAGAACCACUCCGUCCAAUAUUACGAAUGUAAAGAAAUAAGUUAUUAAUAAAUUGCUACUUUGUCUAUUCAAAUCUA